GCCGAGUGGGUGAGACCCUGAAGACGUUCCGAGCCCAGGAUGGCACAGCAGACUCAACCAAUCUUGACUACGGGAGCUGGAAUCCCUGCUGGAGACAAGCUCAAUGUGCUGACGGCCGGCCCCCGGGGGCCAAUGCUGAUGCAGGAUGUGGUGUUUGUAGAUGAGAUGGCGCAUUUUGACCGGGAGAGGAUCCCGGAGAGAGUUGUCCAUGCAAAAGGAGCGGGCGCGUUCGGUUAUUUCGAGGUGACGCACGAUAUCACAAAGUACUGCAGAGCCAAGGUGUUUGAAAGAGUUGGGAAAAGGACGGACGUUGCAGUGAGAUUUUCCACAGUAGCUGGGGAAGCAGGAUCAGCAGAUUCUGUCCGAGACCCUCGGGGAUUUGCACUGAAAUUCUACACGGACGAUGGAAUCUGGGACCUGGUUGGAAACAACACCCCCAUUUUCUUCAUCAGAGAUCCCAUGAUGUUUCCAUCCUUCAUUCACAGCCAGAAGAGAAACCCCCAGACACACCUGAAGGACCCCGAUACAGUUUGGGAUUUCUGGAGCCUGCGCCCAGAGACUUUGCACCAGGUGACUUUCCUGUUCAGCGACCGUGGGAUCCCAGAUGGGCACAGACAUAUGAACGGCUAUGGGUCUCACACCUUCAAGCUCGUCAAUGCAGAAGGAAAGGCAGUUUACUGCAAGUUUCAUUACAAGACUGACCAGGGAAUAAAGAACCUCUCAGUAGAAGAAGCAGACAGACUGGUGGUGAGCGACCCAGAUUACGGCAUCAGAGACCUAUUCCAGUCCAUCGCCAAGAAGAACUUCCCAUCUUGGACCAUGUACCUCCAGGUCAUGACGUUCGAGGAAGCAGAGAAAUGUCCUUUCAAUCCUUUUGACCUCACAAAAGUCUGGCCACACAGAGAUUACCCGCUCAUCCCUGUUGGCAAGCUGGUGCUGAACAGAAACCCAGAGAACUACUUUGCAGAGGUGGAGCAGAUUGCCUUCGACCCCAGUAACAUGCCCCCCGGGAUUGAAGCCAGCCCAGAUAAAAUGCUUCAGGGUCGCCUGUUCUCCUACCCGGAUACGCACCGGUAUCGCCUGGGCCCAAACUAUCUGCACCUUCCUGUCAACUGCCCCCGGGGCGUGCAAGUGGCUCAUUACCAGCGGGACGGCCCCAUGUGCAUGUUUAAUAACCCCAGCCAUAUGCCGAAUUACUAUCCGAACAGCUUCAGUUCCCCCCGGGAUGAUCCAAAGUGCAAAGACUCCACCUUCGUGGCCGCAGGAGACGUGGGUCGGCACGACUGCAGUGAGGAGGACAAUGUGUCUCAGGUGAGGAUGUUCUACACUCAGACUCUGACUGAAGGAGAGCGGAAGAGACUGUGCGAGAACCUCGCCCGACACCUGAGUGAAGCUCAGAUCUUCAUCCAAGAAAGGGCUGUUAAAAACUUCACCGACGUUCACCCAGACUAUGGCGCCCGUAUAAAGUCCCUGCUGGAUAAAUAUAAUGGCGACGGCGGAGAGAAGGAGCCGUUGCACAACUACAUUCGCUAUACAGAGUGCCCAUGAGCGAGAUCCCUCCAUCCAAUAACAAAGAGCUUCAAAACUCUAUAUUUUUUUAUUCUUUAAUGUACCACUUCCAAUAAAUGGAUGUAAAGCUGAA